AUGCUGUCUAAGGUUUCAGCACGUCACUUCAAAAGCAUUGCGCUUGCCAAAAGGCUAUAUGCCACUGGUCAAGCUUCUGCAAACCAGAUUUUAGUGUCCAAACGUGUGCAAGAUGUGGACCCUGAGAUGCACGACAUCUUAACCAAGGAACGUCACAGACAGAAGCACUCUGUGACGCUGAUUCCAAGCGAAAACUUUACAUCCAAAUCUGUAAUGGAUCUGCUUGGCUCCGAAAUGCAAAACAAGUACUCUGAAGGGUACCCAUCGGAACGUUACUAUGGUGGUAAUCAAUUCAUUGACCAGGCCGAGUCUCUUUGUCAAAAAAGAGCCCUGGAACUUUAUGGCCUCGACCCUGCUAAGUGGGGGGUUAAUGUACAGCCUUUGAGUGGUGCACCUGCUAAUUUGUACGCUUACUCUGCAGUCAUGGACGUUAAUGACCGUUUGAUGGGUUUGGACUUGCCUCACGGGGGUCACUUGUCUCACGGGUACCAAUUGGCCAGCGGAACUAAGAUUUCUUACAUUUCCAAAUAUUUCCAAACCAUGCCGUACCAUGUUAACGUGCAAACAGGUCAUAUCGACUACGAAACGUUGUCACAGACCUCAAAACUGUUCAGACCAAAAGUGAUCGUGGCAGGAACCUCUGCUUAUUCGAGAAUUAUCGAUUACAAACGCUUCAAAGAGAUCUCUGAUGCAUGCGGUGCGUAUUUGUUGAGUGACAUGGCCCAUAUCUCUGGUCUUGUAGCGGCUGGCGUCAUUCCUUCGCCCUUUGAGUUUUCCGAUAUCGUAACAACAACCACUCACAAAUCUUUGAGAGGUCCUAGAGGAGCUAUGAUUUUCUACAGAAAAGGUGUUCGUAAGGUCACUAAGAAGGGUAAAGAGGUUUUGUACGACCUUGAUAAAAAAAUCAAUUUUUCGGUAUUCCCAGGCCAUCAAGGUGGUCCUCACAACCACACCAUUUCUGCUCUAGCUGUGGCACUUAAACAGGCAGCUUCCCCAGAAUUCAAAGAAUACCAGGAAGCCAUUGUGAAAAACGCCAAGAUUUUUGGCGAAGAAUUGACCAAGUGUGGUUUUCAAUUGGUUUCUGGGGGCACUGACAAUCAUUUGAUUUUAAUAGAUUUAUCUAACAUUGGCACUGAUGGUGCACGGUUGGAGACUGUCUUGGAGAAGAUCAACAUCGCUGCUAACAAAAACACAGUUCCAGGUGACAAAUCUGCUCUUUUCCCCUCUGGCUUGAGAUUGGGAACUCCUGCAAUGACCACAAGAGGCUUUGGACCUGAGGAAUUUGCGAAAGUCGCCGAAUAUAUUGACCGCGCCUCGAAAAUGGCCAUUGGUUUACAAUCUCAAGAACCUACGGAUGCAAAGGACGCCAGGAGCAAGCUAGCCAAUUUCAGAAAACUCUGCGAAGAGAGUGAUGAAGUUAAAGCUCUGGCAGAAGAAAUUUCCCAAUGGGUUGGCACCUAUCCAGUUCCCGGUGAACUCUGA